AUUCAACAUGAUGCCGCUUCUGGUACCCGUAUCUGUUUUGCCCGUGCCGUUGUUCAUGGGCAGCGGUUGCCAUUUCUCAAACCAGUGCCUCCAGCGCGCUGCUUACGCCCAUGCCGAGCGCCUGCUAGCCCACCGUCGCGGCUGCGAGCGCUACCGGGACGCGGUGGCCUUCACCGCUUGGAAGCUGCAGCGGCGCAUGAAGCGGGAUGUGGGGUACAAGAUGUGGGCGCUGUACAACGACUGUACGACACUCUACACGCUGUACUGGCGCGUGUGCUGCCUGCUGACCGCCAUAUCCCGCCUGGUCAACAUCAGCAGCAGCAGUGGCAGCAGCAGCGGGGCCAGCGAUGGCGGCGGUAGCCCCUGGGGGGGUGACUAGGGGGCCACCAACACUAUAUCUACUAGCAGCACCGCAACUACCGCACACCGCAACUACCGCGCAUCACAGAGGGUCAUGAUGACAAGCGUUCUAGGGGAUGCAUGCCAGGGGGAUGCCGGAUGAAAUGACGUACGCCCGUUAAAGCAGGCGCACCACACUACUACUACCACCACACUACUAGCAGCUGCGGGAGGACAUGGUAGGGCGGCGGAUGCAACCGAUUGCCCCUGGCGGGCAUGUGUGGAGCGCAUUGAUGAUGUUGCAAGGUUAAAGCUGUUUAGGUUGUUAGGAUGUUCGCCGCAUAGCCGCAUUGUUUAGCAGGGAGAAGAGAAGCAAGAGUCCUAUAGCUAAGAGAAGAGAACCAUUAUAGCGUAGGUAAAUGUUGGUGAGGAUGGCCGGAGCUACCUGCCGCGCUUACUCCUGUUGUACAUUGUUGUACGGUACGUUUUGGCAAUUGCACUGCGUUACACUCGAGCUAGGCCGUCUCGUGUGUUUGUGAGUUCCCCUUGUUAACCGUUUCUCGGUUUAUUGGGUGGGGUUGUACGGUGCCCCCCCGCCCCGACCAAAGGCUGGCUUUUGUUCUCCCGGAUUCCUGGCGACUGUACUGUCAUACCAAGAGGGGCAUGCGCUAGCAAUACCCGCAUCGUGUAUCCUUUUGGCUGUGUUUUCUUCCUCUGUGUUUCAGCUGUUUCUUUUUAUCCUGUCUGCGAACUGCUGGUUAGCAACGAUGCGGUGGCGGAACACCACCCGAACUGCUGUACCGUACGUAGGGUGGUGCAAGGUUUGGGUUUGCGGACCGCAUGCUGCUGCGGGGCAUUGCUAGGAAAGUGGAUGUCAAGGGGCUGAUGGCGCAGCAGCUGCUACAUUCUAACCUCAAGUGAUGCAUGUAAUACCGACCCC